GGUCAUGGUGAUGCAACUCUAACAAAAAUAAACAAUUGCUGCAAAUUGCUACGUUUCUGAUUUGCGGAUUGGUCGCAUUAAAAUUUGAUAAUUAAAAAUAGUAGAGUUGUUCGUACGUUGUACGAUGAAAUUUAAGCAGAUUAAUUAUCAUAAUUAUCUGGCAUUGACUGAGGCCGCUGGACGAUGUGCGAGUUAAAGAAGUAAACAAGAUAGUGCGCGAAACCAGUUUACUCAGAACUCGUAAGUUAUUCGAGGAGAGGAAAAGAAGGGUGGAGCGAACCCGAAGAUCGACGAUCGAUGCUGAAAAUUUUCGGGUUUUCCUUCAUACCUUUUUAAAUUGCAUUAUUUUCCGAUAUAAACGACGGAUACAGCAGGGAUCUCGCAACAAAGAUCAAGAUGUUGGAAUCGAGAGGACGUUCUGCUACGAUCACGUUGCUGCUCUUCGGAGCGGUCCUCUUUGUCAUAGUCGAGCACGACCACCUGGUGCAAGCUGGACAGCUCACCGAGGAGUUCACGUGGACGAGGUUGGACUACGCCUGGGCUUUGAAAGGUCGCUUCGGCGGAUACAGACCCAACUACAUCUACGGUGGUAGCGAUUUCGCCUUCCCCGGCGCGGCAAGCUCCGGUUCCUCAAAACCCAUCUCCACGCCAACGGACGACAACAAACAGCCAGAUGGAAACGUCGACUUCAUCUACGAGAAUAAUAUACCGAUGGGCGCAAACAGAUGGAGGGACAAGUUGUUUAUAACUGUACCGAGGCGACGGGCUGGAGUGCCGUCCACUUUGAACUAUGUUUCAAUCAGCAAUAAGGAAAGGCAUAACGUGCCUCUGAUCCCAUACCCGAAUUGGGAGGUGAAUCAGCUGAGCUCCGAUCCCAGCAAUCGCAUCGUGUCCGUCUACAGAAUCGCCGUAGACGUGUGCGAUCGCAUGUGGAUGGUGGAUACGGGCAUCGUCGAGCUGCCUGGAAACAGGACGGACAUCCAGCAGCAGUCGGUGGUGAUCAUCGACCUGAAGACGGACAAGAUCAUCAAACGACAUCCGCUUCCUGCGUCCGUCCUCAAACCAGCCUCUAUCCUGGCACUCGUCACCGUCGACGUAACUAAGGACACCUGCGACGACGCUUACGCUUACCUCCCGGAUCUGGCCGGUUACGGCCUCAUCGUGUACAGCUUGAAGGCUGACCGCUCUUGGCGAGUGACCCAUAACUACUUCUUCUUGGAAUCUCUGGCAGGAGAGUUCAACGUAGGCGGUCAGCACUUCCAAUGGAACGACGGCGUCUUCAGCGUGGCGCUCUCGGAAAUUAAAAGCGACGGCUUCAGAGACAUGUAUUUCCACUCGAUGGCCGGUACGCAUCUGUACGUGGUCUCCACGAGGAUCUUGCGAGACGAGGCAUUGGCCACCAGGUCCUAUCAUGGAAACGAUUUCACUAACUUGGGUGACCGCGGUCCUCUAUCUCAGACAUCCGCAACGGAUCUGCACAAACCUUCGGGCGUCUUGUUCUUGAGUUUGGUGAAUCAGAACGCGUUGGGCUGCUGGAACACGAAUAUCCCAUUCGGCAAGGAGAAUUUCCACGUGAUCCAAAGGGACGACAAGAAGAUGAUCUACCCUUGCGAUCUGAAAGUUUACGGCGACGACCUGAUCCUGCUAACCAACAACAUGCCUAUCUUCCUAUACAGCAAACUCAAUUACGACGAGACCAAUUUCCGCGUCUGGUUCAGCAGCGUCGCAAACGCAAUCAGCGGCACACAGUGCGAAUCCAGAAGGACGAACCGCGGCAACCGUUACUACGGUUGAUCAGCACUAUGCAAAGAGCAUACUCCUAAAAAAAACAUUGUAGAUAGUAAAAUAAAAUUAGACGUAUAGAUUUA